UCCCAACAUAUGCAACCCCCACAUCCGAAGAGCUGCCUUUAGGAGUGAAGAAGAAAUAGAUCAGAUAGUCGUAGAAACUAGAAACUACACAGACAGACACAGUUCAGAAAUGGAUUUGUCUUUCCCAAUCAUCAACAUGGAGAAACUCAAUGGUGAAGAGAGAUCAUCCACCAUGGAGAUCAUCCAUGAUGCUUGCCAGAACUGGGGUUUCUUUGAGUUGAUAAACCAUGGAAUCUCUCAUGAACUGAUGGACAAGGUUGAAACCUUAACAAAACAACAUUACAAGAAAUGCAUGGAAGAAAGGUUCAAUGAAUUAGUAGCAAAGAAAACUCUAGAAGGAGUUGAGAAUGAGAUUAUUGAUAUGGACUGGGAAAGCACUUUCUUCUUGCAUCACCUCCCCCAGUCUAACAUGUCAGAACUCCCAGAUCUCGAGGACGAUUACAAGACUUCAAUGAAGGAAUUUGUUGUGGAAUUGGAGAAACUAGCUGAGCAACUCUUAGACUUGUUAUGUGAGAACCUGGGGCUUGAGAAGGGUUACCUUAAGAAAGCCUUCUGUGGCUCAAAAGGGCCUACUUUUGGAACCAAAGUCGGAAACUACCCACCGUGCCCUCGUCCAGAACUAGUCAAGGGACUAAGGGCUCACACUGAUGCAGGUGGCAUCAUCUUACUGUUCCAAGAUGAUCAAGUCAGUGGACUCCAACUCCUCAAAGAUGAUCAAUGGAUUGAUGUUCCUCCCAUGAAACACUCUAUUGUCAUCAACCUUGGUGAUCAACUUGAGGUUAUCACAAAUGGAAAAUACAAGAGUAUCAUGCACCGAGUGCUAACUCAAACUGAAGGUACACGAAUGUCAAUUGCUUCAUUCUACAAUCCAGGGAGUGAUGCAGUGAUCUACCCAGCACCUGAAUUAUUGGAGAAAGAGGAAGUUGAUGAAAGCCAAAUAUACCCUAAAUUUGUUUUCGCAGACUACAUGGAGCAUUAUAUGGGGGUUAAGUUCCAAGCUAAGGAACCAAGAUUUGAAGCAAUGAAGGCAAUGGAAAGUGUUCCCGUUUCUGCUACAGUUCCUAUUGCUUUUGCUUAAUUAAGAAUGCAUUAAGGUUAACUACUAAAAUUAUGAGGAUUGCCACUAUAAUAAUGUAAUAAUAAUGGUAACAAUUGGUAUUACAGUGUUUGUAAUUGUUUCUUGGGAGGGUAAGUGUGUUUGUCUGUGUGUUUUGUUAUAUGUAUGAGCUAACUUCUAGUUCUACUAUCAUAUUGGGAAUUUCACCUUGAAAUGUUCGUAUUUAAACAUUUAA